AUGUGCAUGCAGAUGAGCCCGGCGAGGGGAGGGGCGGCGGGGCGGGCCCGGGGCGGGGCGCAUGCUAAUCGCAUGCAAAUGAGGAGGCCCGUGGCCGCCGCGGCCGCCGCUCCGCCGCGUUUCCCGUAUCCGAGCCCAGACGGCGGCGGCUCGGGCAGCCUGGGCGCCGCGACCCUCGGCGGCCACAGGGGGUUAACGAAGCCCUUGUCGUUUGCUGAUUGUGUUGGGGAUGAACUGCCGUGGGGAUGGGAAGCAGGGUUUGACCCUCAGAUUGGUGUCUACUACAUCGAUCACAUCAACAAAACCACACAGAUUGAAGAUCCAAGGAAGCAAUGGAGGGGGGAACAGGAGAAGAUGCUCAAGGACUAUCUCUCGGUGGCUCAAGAUGCCCUCAGGACACAGAAGGAGCUGUACCACGUGAAGGAGCAACGACUGGCUUUGGCCCUAGACGAAUAUGUACGGUUAAAUGAUGCCUAUAAGGAAAAGUCAAGUUCCCGCACAAGCUUAUUCUCAGGAUCUUCAUCCAGUACUAAAUAUGAUCCCGAUAUUUUAAAAGCUGAGAUCUCCACUACGCGAUUAAGGGUUAAAAAGCUGAAGAGAGAGCUCUCACAGAUGAAGCAAGAAUUGCUCUAUAAAGAACAAGGCUUUGAAACAUUGCAACAAAUUGAUAAAAAAAUGUCUGGAGGCCAGAGUGGCUAUGAACUUAGUGAAGCCAAAGCCAUUCUAACUGAACUGAAAUCUAUCAGAAAGGCUAUUAGCUCAGGAGAAAAAGAGAAACAAGACCUGAUGCAGAGUCUUGCUAAGCUGCAGGAGCGGUUUCAUUUGGAUCAGAGCAUGGGCAGAUCUGAACCUGACUUGAGAUCCAGUUCUGUGAACUCUCAUUUAUCUCUCUCCAGACAGACCCUUGAUGCCGGGUCACAAACAAGCAUUUCCGGAGAUAUUGGAAUCAGAAGUAGAUCAAAUUUAGCUGAAAAGGUCAGGCUGAGCCUACAGUACGAAGAAGCCAAAAGAAGUAUGGCCAACUUAAAAAUUGAAUUGUCGAAAUUGGACAGUGAGGCCUGGCCGGGGGCGCUGGAUGUUGAGAAGGAGAAACUGCUGCUGAUGAAUGAGAAAGAAGAACUUUUGAAGGAGCUUCAGUUCGUCACUCCGCAGAAACGCACUCAAGAUGAACUGGAGCACCUGGAGGCCGAAAGGCAGCGGCUGGAGGAGGAGCUGCUGUCGGUGAGGGGCGCCCCGAGCCGGGCUCUGGCCGAGAGAUUGAAAUUGGAAGAGCGAAGAAAAGAGCUGCUACAGAAACUUGAAGAAACUACUAAAUUAACUACUUAUUUGCAUUCACAACUUAAAAGCCUCUCUGCCAGCACCCUGUCCAUGUCCUCUGGGAGCAGCCUGGGUUCCCUGGCCUCCAGUCGGGGGUCUCUGAACACCUCCAGCAGAGGGUCACUCAAUUCCCUCAGUUCCAGUGAGCUCUAUUACAGCAGUCAAGGCGACCAGAUAGAUGCGGAUUAUCAGUAUAAACUGGACUUCCUUCUGCAGGAGAAAGGUGGUUACAUUCCUUCUGGACCCAUCACCACCAUCCAUGAAAACGAAGUGGUUAAGUCCCCUAGCCAGCCUGGCCAGAGUGGUCCCUGUGGGGCAGCAGCUGCAGCAACGGGCCACACACCCCCCCUGACCGAGGCCCCCAAGUCUGUGACAUCCCUGUCCUCAAGGUCCUCCCUUUCCUCCUUGUCCCCUCCUGGCUCUCCCUUGGUCUUGGAAGGCACAUUUCCCACGGCGUCUCAUGACGUCCCUCUCCAUCAGUUCACUGCUGACUUUGAAGACUGUGAAUUGAGUAGCCAUUUUGCAGACAUUGGCCUCGGUGACAGUCAGAUAUUGCUGGAUACUGACUCAGGUGGAGCGUCCGAGUCUCUUUUAGAAGAUAAAGACCUCAGCGAAUGUGCUAGGGGGCCGCUAUAUGAAGGAACUACAGAUGUGGAAAAAUCGUUACCAAAAAGAAGGGUAAUCCACUUGCUUGGGGAGAAAACCGCUUGUGUGUCGGCUGCUGUGUCUGAUGAGUCUGUGGCUGGAGACAGCGGGGUCUACGAGGCUUUCGUGAAACAGCCAAGUGAGGUUGAAGAUGUUACAUACAGUGAAGAGGACGUUGCCAUCGUGGAGACUGCCCAGGUGCAGAUUGGACUCAGAUAUGAUGCAAAGAGGUCAAGUUUCAUGGUGAUUAUAGCACAACUCCGAAAUCUUCAUGCCUUCUUGAUACCUCAUACUUCAAAAGUAUAUUUUAGGGUUGCUCUACUCCCCUCCUCAGCUGAUGUCAGCUGUCUGUUUCGAACAAAAGUCCAUCCAGCCAUGGAAUCCAUUUCAUUCAACGAUAUGUUCAGAGUGGCCAUUUCCCAAACCACCUUACAGCAGAAGACGCUGAGAGUAGACCUUUGCUCUGUUAGUAAGCACCGAAGGGAAGAAUGCCUGGCUGGAACUCAGAUCAGCCUGGCAGAUUUACCAUUUUCCAAUGAGAUUUUCACUCUGUGGUAUAACUUGCUUCCUUCUAAACAAAUGCCUUGCAAAAAGAAUGAAGAAGAAAAUGAGGAUUCUGUAUUUCAACCAAACCAACCAUUAGUAGAUUCUGUAGACUUGGAUGCAGUGUCGGCCUUACUUGCAAGAACAUCAGCCGAGCUGUUGGCUGUGGAACAAGAAUUAGCACAAGAAGAAGCAGCAGAGCCGGGGCCGGAAGAAGAACAGAGGGGUCCCGAAGGAGACUGGUUAGCAAUGCUGAGAGAGGCCUCCGAUGAAAUGGUGGCUGAGGAAGAGGCUGAAGUCAAAUUGCCAGGGCACAGUAGCUAUGCAGAGGGCUUAAGUUCAUGCCCCAGUGUGCCUGAGAUGAAUGAAGACGUGAGCGGGAAAGACAACAGCUAUGCCAAAGACCUUGGAAGCCAGCCGCCUGCUGGGACACCCACCCUGGUUGAUAAAGAGACAAAUACGGACGAGGCAGGUAAUGCCAGUCUGACAGUUCGCCCCAAGGACCGCGGCGGCCUGAGCGCUCGGCAGCGCCCCUUCGUGAGGAGCAGCGUGAUCGUGCGCUCGCAGACCUUCUCGCCCGGAGAGCGGAACCAGUACAUCUGCAGGUUAAAUCGAAGUGACAGUGACAGUUCAACCCUGGCUAAAAAAUCACUGUUUGUGAGAAACUCCACUGAACGGCGCAGUUUGAGGGUCAAAAGGGCGGUUUGCCAACCAGUCCUUAGGAGAACAGCACAAGAAUGCCCAGUACGUACAUCUCUAGACUUAGAACUGGAUCUUCAGGCAUCUCUAACCCGGCAGAGUCGCCUCAAUGAUGAGCUGCAGGCCCUGAGGGGCUUGAGGCAAAAGCUGGAGGAACUGAAAGCUCAGGGAGAGACUGACCUUCCGCCAGGUGUGCUGGAAGAUGAGAGAUUCCAGAAGCUCCUGAAAGAAGCCGAGAAGCAGGCUGAACAGUCAAAAGAAGAGCAGAAGCAAGGUUUGAAUGCGGAGAAAUUGAUGAGGCAAGUCUCCAAGGACGUGUGUCGGCUCCGGGAACAGAGCCGGAAGGUGCCUCGGCAGGUGCAGUCCUUCAGGGAGAAGAUUGCCUACUUCACCAGAGCAAAGAUCAGCAUCCCGUCCCUGCCGGCAGAUGACGUGUGAUGGCAUCACUGAUGAAAGUACUUUUUCACCUGUUCAUUUCUUAGGGAGGGCGAAAGACUGAACAUUUGUUCUGUUUUUAGGGUUUUUUUUUUUUUGUAAUAUAAAUGUCAACUCUUAAAGAGCUUUUAUUUCACAUCAGAUUUUCAACAUGUUAAUUUGUAAAGUACCUUGAAUGUAAUUCCUAUAUGUUUAAAAAA